AUAAAAGGCGCUGAUAUUUCUGUAUUUUAUUUUGUAAUGUUGGUUUAGAGAGUAUCCUAGGAAGUGACGUAAGUCGGAGUUUAGUGCUGCGCUCUGCUCAUGGGAGCAAUUUAAUAUACUUCCGGGUCAGUUUGCUGCGUUCUCAGCAUGUGAGACCGCAUUCAUGGUGUAGCCUUGAGAAGUGAUGCUCCGAGUGUUAAGUUGAUGACGGAAAACUGCUGGCAACACUGAGCAUCACCACGAAUAAACCAGUUCGCAUCUAAGUCAAGUUUGAUCUCAUGUCCUCCUUCCUGUAUCCUGACCGAUACACCAUCCUGUUUGCUGGAAAUAACCUAAGAACCUAACCUAAUUAACAUUGGUCCUUCGAGCCGGAUAGAAGCUAUCAGGAUGGAGCCAGACAGAGCGUCAUUCCCUGAUGUGAGACCUAAACGGCAGUCACGCCGACCAAGCCGAUUUGAUGACUUUGAAGUUGAGUACACACAUCAUUCCAUUAGAGAAAUGCCACAUUGGGAAAUCCCACCGCCUAUCCCAAGACAUGUGGAACACCAACCUCAGUAUAGCACUGCACCACCUCGCUACGGUGAUAGUGAUGUAACCUGCUCUCCUACUUCUCCUCAGCUGGAGAGAAGUGAACAAGGGAGGAACUUUAGGGAUCUCACACCUGAGGUUAUCCCCUACAACCUGCUGGAGUCGCCCAUCCAACCCUCUCAUACAGGAUUCAGAGCUUUGCAGGUGGAAAGAGAGAAGCUACUUCAAUCACAGGAAGUUCUACAGGAGGGCCUGAGAGAACUUAAUGAAGCAAGGAGUGAUAUCAAAGCACUGAUUGAAGUUGCUCACUCACUGAGAAAGGAUAUGGCUCAGCUGACUGCCUCAAAAUACCCCAUUUAUCAGCCCCCUAUGAGCAGCUCAGAAAGGGUGUACACCACUAACACAAGGCCGAUUAAAGAUGAAGAUGAGGAGGAGUGGCCUGAUCCACCUCCGUGGCCUGAACCGGGAGAGGAGCUGCACACAGGAUUCUCCAAACUAAAGGUUGAAGAACAGUAUUCAGAUUAUGGCUUACAGUACUACCCCCCGCCUAAUACAGCAUCUUUGCCCCGUAAAUCCUUUCUGCCGACACGCAUCCCUCAGGAGCACAGAGGAAACGUGUUCCACGCUUCUUCGCAACAUGUUGAGCCAUCCUCAAAGUGGGCAUCAAUAAAUGCAGGCCUGCUGCAACCAAACCCUGUUCAGGUUGAACCCCAUACUUCAGUGACGGGGGCAGCGUGUGAGAUGUCGAAUUGGCAUAAUUCAGCCCCACCUCUUUCAUCUGAGGCGGUAUAUAGGGGGCCCAAACCAACAAUCCCGAAGUUCAUUCAUUCAGAUCCUACUGAGUUUGCCAGGCUCCGAAUGGCCCUGGAGAACCUACUCCCUCGUAACGCAACCGAGCUCUUUAAGUAUCAAAUACUUGUGGACCAUCUUAAGUUUGAUGAAGCUCGACUAAUAGCUGAUGCUUACCUGAAUUCACCAAAGCCUUAUUCUGAUACCAUGGCUGCCCUCCAUGAUAAAUUUGGACAACCUCAUCAGCUUGCUUUAAGGAAAAUUGCAAGUGUCCUAGAUGGCCCAGAAAUAAGGAGAGGUGAUAUAGUAGCUUUCCAAAGGUUCUCUCUCCAGGUGCAGUCACUAGUUGGUCUGUUGCAAACACUAGGACUUGAGGGAGAAGUGGAACUGAAUUGUGGCUCUCACGUUGCCCGUCUGAUAAGCAAGCUCCCUCCAGAGCAAAGAGCUGACUUUCGUCGACAUCAGUUCAAACAGCCUGGCACCACCUACACCCUUCAUGACUUAUCUGAAUGGCUUCGCCAGGAGUCAUGGUGUCAAGGGUUCGAUAGCCAAGCUGGUGGGAAGGGUAGCAGAGAACGGACCUGCAGAAAAGCGGAUGCCCAUCCCUUCAAACAGACUGUAACAGUCCUACAUAAUGCGAAAGGACCCUCAGAACACACUUCCCAGUUACCAAAGGAGAGUCGAGUUGGAGGGAAGUAUAAGAGCAAAGCCUAUUGUGCUUACUGCGAGAGCACAGAACAUUAUUUCAGUCAAUGUGAUGGUGUGGCUAAGCUCUCCAAAGAAGAAAUAAAGAAUUGGAUUCAAGUCAACAAACGAUGCUGGCGUUGUGCCCGAAAUCAUCUAGCGGCUCAAUGCACACUGAAGAAACCCUGCAGUCUUUGCCAAGGAAAACACCUGCUGGCUCUUCAUGAGGUAAAUGUCAGAACUGAAAGAUACGACAUGGGUGUCUCUGCAAAGGAAGAAAGUUGCCUUACCAAUUCAGCGUCAGGUUCCCUCUACUUAGAUCGACAUGGGGUCGGCCAUCGUGUUCUGCUCAAGAUUGUACCUGUGGUUCUAAGUUAUGGGCAACACACUCUAGAUACCUUUGCAAUCCUGGAUGACGGUUCAGAGCGAACCAUGUUGCUCCCGGCUGCUGCAAAAAUCCUUGGUCUGGUGGGCAUCCCCGAGGAUCUUCCUUUACGCACCGUCCGUUACGAUAUUCAGAUGUUACAUGGACGUAACAUAUCUUUCAGUGUCUCUGCAGCUACCAAUCCUGGGUUGCAACACAAGAUUGAGGGAGCAUUUACAGCUGACAGCCUCAACUUAGCUCAUCAUACAUAUCCUGUUGAUCAGCUGCAGAGGAAGUAUAAACACCUGCAAGGGAUCCCAGUGCCGGCGUUGAAGCGAGUCGAACCACUGCUCCUUAUUGGUUCAGACCAGCCGCACCUGAUAACCCCCAUAGAACCGGUUCGGCUUGGCCCACCUGGCAGUCCAGCAGCUGUCCAUACUCGGCUGGGGUGGACCCUUCAGGGACCAAGUCUUCUGAUGGGGCGGCCAACCCAGCCUGCCCUAAGCUUAUACACGUCCUCCCAAUCGGAUGAGUUAUUUAAGCAUGUAGAGCGGCUCUGGCAGAUGGAUGCAGUGCCUUACACAUCUGAAAAGGAAGUGACCCGGUCAAAGCAGGAUCUUCAAGCUGUGGCUCUACUCGAAGCUAAAACGAUUCGCAUAAUGGUGGAUGGCGUGCUGAGGUAUGCCACACCUCUCCUCCGUCAUGCACAGAUGCCACAACUGAAUGCACCAAAGGAAUCUGUCAUGGCCAUGCUUCGAAGCACAGAGAAACGCCUACUAAAGGAUUCCCACCAGGCUGAUGCUUACAGAGCAGAAAUACAGAAGCUGAUUCAUUCUGGGGCUGUAAAAGAAGUAACACAAAACACCUCAUCAAAGGGGAGCUGGUACAUUCCCCAUCAUCUCGUCAGUCAUAAUGAGAAGAAUCGCCUAGUUUUCAACUGCUCUCAUAAAUACCUUGGACAGUCCCUGAAUUAG